AUGAGUGAGACAGCAAAAAUCAAGAAGGGCAAAGCGUCAGCCAAACGCAAUAGCGAAGCACGCCGUGAACAAAACCGUCUCGCUAGCCGGAACUACCGUGUGUAUAUCUUUGCUGACGUGUGUGUGUGGUUGGAUGAUGCUCUUGAUCUUGCUGACGCCAUCAUCGGUAUCUUAGGAGAGAAGCGGAAACAGAAAUUAGCCCUAUUAAACGACUUGCUCGAGCCAAGCAACAUUGCUAGUGAUGUUAUUGAUAAUGUUCACAUCAACCCAGCUGCGGGACUGGACGGUCCAAGUGACUUGCCUGUUACCCAGCCGCGGGACCAAGCAUUCCCAGGGUCACUUCAACCUGAAUUGCCAUCUACCAACGAAAGCCUGACCAGUUUUGACGAUACUGUACCAUAUAAUGUACCACGUAUGUGGGGAGACCCAUCUCAAGAAAUUAUACCAACGACUCUCUUACACCAAGGUAACCCUAAUAUCCUACCAUGGACCAACUUUGACGGUAUCUUCAGCCACGCAAACCAAGACCCUUACGGCCAUAAUAUGUUCGGCUUACCAUUCCAAUUCCAAGAUAUUUCGGGAAAGACUCAUGUAGAUUCAAGAUUAGUAGAAGAGCUCUUCGAAGAAAGUCCCGAAUCAGACCUCAGCUCCUCCCAAGUAUCGUCCAGCAACAACAAUGAUCAGGCUCUCAGCAAUGUCAUGAGUGGUGUAGAAAACCUCACAAUAGAACAAAAAUGCACUCUUCUUCGCCGCCUACAACAAGACACUCAGAGCCCAGCCACAGAAACUCAUAUUCCUUGGCAUCAAACAAAGCCUCCAACUCCAGGUCAGCUGCGAGCCGUUCAGUUCGCGAAAGCGCUGUACAAAACGGCACAUGCUAGACCAGAACUUCUUCCAAUGCAAUAUAACAUGGAGACAGGCAUCUUUGGGGCAAUGUUCGCAAAUUGCUAUGCUCUUGGUAUGGCAGGUGUGGAUGAUAUACUCUGUGAAGAGGGAUGCAGUGUCUUCUCUGUUACGCAGGAUGAAGGGCAUCAUGUGUCACAAUUGCCUGUCGUGAAGUCCAAAUUUCGAGCUCUUUCUCCCGAUCUCAGACCGACUGAUACACAACUGAUUGUUGGGCACCAUCCUUAUGUUGAUGUCAUUCCAUUCAAAACUUUCCGGGAGAAUCUCAUCAGAGCUCUGGAAAACGACACCCCUAUCAUUGAUGAGGGUGUUCUAUGUCACGAUAUACUCAGUGGCGGCUUUACAUGCUGGGGCGCUGGGCGUAAUCCGCAUGGCAUGGGCGCAGGUGUACCUUGGGACGCCCGGAGUUGGGAACCCAGCGUAUGGUUCUUAAUGAAAUAUCGACAGCUAGCUGGAGACUGGGAUGGAGAGCUGUGGAAAAGUGCUAGAUGGUGGCAUAGUGCCCGAGGAGAGAGAAUGCAAACGGCAGAGAUUGCGAAUAACCCAUCUGGAGGGACAGCGAGACGGUAG